AAAUAUCAUACAGGCUGGUAUAAUGUCGAGAAUUCGUAGUACUCUUUGCAAAUGGCUGCUUCCAAUGAGGUCUUGGGCCUGGAUUGCUCCUCUUCAGAGCUUACAUAUCUCCUAACUGUUGUCCUUUAUCAAAACACACCAUUACAUCAGCCCGCGUAUGGAGCAAGCACGUAGAUCCAAUAAUGCAGAACUGAAAACAAGACAUUUCCGUUUGCACAACAAGCUGCCUGAGUGGAACGAAGCUCUUCAAAGCUUGGUACUGCGCUUCAAUAAAGGUCGCGUGCUGGCGCCAUCAGCAAAGAAUUUUUUGAUCUGUUUAGACGGUCAGGAUAAUGGAGAGGGCGUGCUCCAGUUUGGCAAAACACGGAAAAGGCGUUAUGCCUUAGAUUUUCGCCAUCCCGUCAGUCCCCUUCAAGCUUUCGGUAUAUGUCUAUCGUUUUUUAAUUGGAACGUAUAGAUAAGGGAUUCCUG